CUUCGUCGGAUGUGAUUUUUAACUAUUAUUGCUUUGCAAUCGCCUCUAGUAAUACAUAUCUUACUGAGUAUCAGUGGUUAUAUCUUUUUCUAGACCUUACUCUAAUCGAAUAUAAUAACUGGUGCAAGUGGUAG